AUGGGUUUGUCUUGCUUACAGCUUUCACCCGCAAAUGGUCCUACUCCUAACAGGGAUGUCGCAUUCAUGAUACCGGAUAACUGUGACGGAUGUAAGAAAAUUAUGACUGAAACCAUACCCAAAUUCAAAGGAGUUGCAUCAAGUGUGACGGAUACUAAGAACCAAAAGAUUGUGGUCACUGGAAGUUUUAACGAGGAGAAGUUGUUGAAAAAACUCAAGAAAGUAACAUGUGAAGACGUGGAGAUUGUGGUCAAAAGUGAGAAGAAGGGUGAUGAGCGUAAAGAAUUGGAGAAGUUUCUGAUGAUGUUCAGAGAUGAAAAUCCCAACGCCAAAUGUACUAUUUCGUAA